AAGGCUGCCGAGCUGGGCGUUAGCGCCGGUUUUUCUCUUUCCUGGCAGACGGAAACUGCCUCCUUCCUACCUGGGGUCCCGCAGCCCCUCCGUGACGGGGUGCGGGGUCGGUCAGGAGCCGAGCAGCGCCCGGCGCUGCAUUGCGGCCGGCUGGAAAGUUCCUGCCGGGAAAGGUGCAGCUUCCACAUGACCGUGUGCGAGAGCACCGGCCUCGCUCAACCUCCACGCUGACGGCGGUGUUGGUCGUCACCGGUCCGUGUGCUGGAGAAAGCCUCAAGCGCCUGUUGACUCUCCUGCGUCAUCUUCAAAGUACAGGCGUAUCCAGGCAAGACUCAGUAUGUGCUGCAGGAAUCCUCUGUGUCUGACUGCUAGAAAUGAAGUAACUGCAUAAACCUACUGGAAUGAUAAAGAAUUCAAGUGGUUAAAUUGAGUUAAAAGGUCAAUGACCAUUGAUUGAGGUGAACUCUCUUUAUAGAAGUUGGGCAGAAAGCAAUUCUGUAACCAUAAAAACCAUUUCAUAGCAAAAUAAAGGGAAUGUAAAAGUGAAAUCAAAGGUAAAUGUGGAUAGAGCUUUGGAAGUGGUAGACCAAUGCACCAUUUUAUUGAUAAUGAAGAUACUUUAUUAGGUUAACUUCAUUUUAGUUCCAAAACAGUACCUCACAUAGAGACUCAUAAUUAGCUUUGAUAACAGUUUAAAAAAAAUGGCACGACCUUUAAAAUAAUGCUGGUACAUCGACUACAUAUAUUAAUGAUUUAUGAUAAAGUAUUUAAGAUCAAAUGUAAGUUUUAACCUUUAUAAUUAAAGAUAAUUGCUUUAAUGAGAUUUUCUGUAAUUGUAACAUUAUAUCUAAUGCCAAUUAUCAUACGAUUUAAAAACCCUCUGGAGAAAAUCUUAGAAACCUUAGUGAGCACUGCACAUCUCAUUUUCCAUGCACUGGGCUUAAAUUUGUACCCUCUGUGCCUAAUUUGUUGUUUUCUUUAAUUGAUGUUGUUGAAUGAAAUUUUUCCUUUUUGGUCAUUUGAUACCCUGAUAGAGAGUGGUUGCCUAGCUAUCACCUCUCUGUGGGAUGUUGUUAAAAAAGAUCUUCGUGUUGUCAGGUUAAAGAGCAGAUAAGUACAUUCUACACCAGCAUGGUGAUUGAUUUGCAUCUUCAUACCUUUUGGGUAUGCAAUUGUAUUGUGGUAUGGUAGAAAGUUGAUUUGAGCAACUAUGUAACAGUCUAUAUUGCCAGUUUCACUGGUUCUUUUUUAUAUUCCACUAUUUUAAUUACUGAAAUAGCAAUUUUUAAAAGUUUCUCUGCAGGUGGAAUGCCUCCUGUUCCUCAAGUGGCUCAACAGGUUAGCCAAGAGCAAAACCAACAGCAAAAUGGACCAAACUUGUCAAGUUUGCGUAGUUCCUUACCUGCUCCACACAGCAGGAGCCCAGCUUUUCUUCAGCAGGUACAACCAGCAGGCUGUGAUAAGAAGCAUGGGAUUUUGGUCCCAACUCCAGUUCCUGUACAACAACAGCUGAUUUUAAGUGUGGCUCGUCAUCACGACGAUAUGAUACUUCACAAGGAAACAUGCAAGAAAAGAGAAGAGAAGCAACUGAGGGCUGUAGCUGCUUUUACUGCUAGAGAAAUUGAACACUUCUGGUCCACCAUUAAACAGGUGGUACAUUUAAAACUGCGAGUGGAGUUAGAAGAGAGGAGGAAGAAAGCAUUAAACUCUCAGAACAUCUCAAAAAAAGAAAUAAGAGACCCUUUGAAUAAGAAAGGGAGCCUUCAGAAGGAAGUGGUACUUCCAGAUCUUCUCACAUCUACUGUAAAGAAAUACAUGGCAGAUUUAGCAGACAUUGGUGCUGCUGCAGAAGCGUUGUUACCCAAAGGCAGUGCUGAGAUGGGUAGACCCUGGCUGGACGCCAGAGAUUAUCAGAAGAUGGGACUACAGUGGUUGGCAAAGCUGUAUAAGAUGAAUCUCAAUGGCAUUCUGGCUGAUGAAGCUGGACUUGAAAAAACAGUGCAAGUUGUUGCUUUUUUUUGCACACCUGGCAUGCAAUGA